AUGGUAGCCGGAAAUGAAACGCUUCCAGAUACUAAGAAGAAGCUACGGGUCCUAGAGGUUUCAAGCAAAUCUGCCAUGGAUCUGGCGACAGAGCUUGAACUUAUGAGAAAGAAGGUUGACUUGAAGAGACAGCACGGCCAAGGGUCACUGGAAACUAGUGGAAAGCACACCGAUCUUAGAAUCAAAAAGAGAGAUACAAAUACAAUCUCGAGCUCACCUAAUGCGGGAAAGGGUCGAUCCAAAAAGUUCGAAGAGAGUGAUAUUUACGAGAAGAGCAGAACUGCCUUGAAAGAAAAAGCUAAGCUAUACAAAAAGAUCAAGAGAGGUGAGAUUGAAUAUAAUGAAGAUUUAGUUAUGAUGGAUGGUGAUGCCAAUCGUGUAGAAGCUGCCAGUACUGGUACUGAAAGUAGUAAUAAUGACAGUGACGACGACAAUGACGAUGACGAAAUCAUUGAGAUUACUGAUUCAUAUGGCAGAACACGGUUAGUUCCAGCAUCAAAGGCAUUUAAAUAUGGACAGGCGGAUAUAUUUGAAAGCUCAGACGAGGAACCCAGCAAGGUCAGACGACCAACUGAGGUUAUUUACGGCGAUACAGUUCAGUACGAAGCAUUUUCUCUAGACAGAGGUGUUGCUGAAAGCGUGAGAGAGCGAGAUAAGAGUCUAGAUGAAGAUGUACAUUAUGAUGCAGACUGGGAAAUCCGUGAUAGAGGUGUGGGGUUCUACAAAUUCAGCAAAGACACAUCUCAGCGAAGCAAAGAAAUGGAAAGUUUGGCCAACAUGUCCGUGACACUAGAGCAAGAAGCUUCGGAACAGGCCAAAUUGGAUAGUAAAAGAGAUAGGGAAUAUCAGGAACGGCUCGAAGAUAUCAUGGCACUUCGAAAGGCAAAUUUAGCGAGAGGUGAAUGGUGA